AUGUCAUGUCCCUAUGUCAAGCUGCGGAGGUGCUUCAAGUCCCGAUUGGGUGCCUCAGGCCAACAGGCCCAGACAGCUCGGGUGUCUCCGCCUUGGCCAGAUAACCAAACACCUCAUCGCGCCUUACAGCUUCCACGGGCUCUGGCGUCCUUUGCGUCCAUUGUGUCCAUUCGUUAUAGUUUGCUGUCGCAUGACCUGAUAAUUGCGACUUUGAUUCCUCCCAAGGCCCUGCCUGAGUUGGGCUCUGAACGCGACCUGACGCCGUCCGAUUAA